CUUCCACCGUGAACACCAUUGACAGUCACGAUGCUGUCCGCGGUAGGACUAGGAGCAUAUAAACUCCAGCCUUCCAAAUUCUCCUUCAACUUCACCCCACCAUCGACCGUGCCGCAGAUGCCCUCCGCCGAGACCUCUCCGUCAUCGAAUGCGCCAGAGAUGGCUCAAGCUUCUGCCGAGUCACUCGCCGAAUCCUCAACGCACUCGAAUGGUAAAUCCCAUAUGCGGAAAUACUUCGGUAUCCAAAAGGAAGUUGUAGCGAAAAAGUGGAAGGAAAAUCCUGACACAACCACAGAAGAAACAGCUGCAGAGAUGGCAAAGGAUGGCACUGUGACAGAGUCUCUUGCCAAAGAAAAGGCCCAGCCCAAGAAGAGGGGCAAGAAGAGGGCGAGGAAUGGGAACGAGAAGCCCCCGCCUGCGACUGAGGCUAAAGAGACGAGCGAUGCUAUGGACAUCGACCUGACGACUGUCAAGGUUGGACAAACGCAAACUGAUGGUGAAGUUUCAAAGGACACUCCUGCCACAACACCCAAGAGAAGAAAGCAAGGACAGAGACAGGACAAGGCUACAGCAUCAGAGCAGCCCAAGAAGGACAACGGGUCCAGUCGCAAAAAGCAGAAGGUAGGGAAUGAGGAGGGCUCCGACGACCUCGCCAAAGACCAAGACCAGAAAGAGCGACAAGAGCAAAAGUCGCAGAAGGGCCAGCCCAAGUCAAAGAAGCAGAAGCUCCCCAGACUGCCUAUCAAUGCCAUAGUCUCCAAACGACCCAUCCUCCGUCCCGCAAUCCCAACCCCCUUCUCCUCCUCAGACCCCAAAAUCAUCUACGUAAAGGCAGCCACCAAAUUUGUCCCCACAAUAAAACUCGUUCGCAAGCUCCUCGGGGAAAUCUCUAAACGCCAGACCCAAUCUCUCAUCGCAACCGGCACUCUCACCGCCCCAGCCGUCGAGCAAGCAAUCGCCGACGCUAGCAGCCCCCGGCCUACAACCAAGGAAGCUGAGCCAGUCUUGAUUAAAGGGACAGGAAAAGCCAUUCCAGUAGCCUUGAAUCUCGGUCUGUUCUUCCAGAAACAGGUGGAUUGCAAAGUCCAGGUUGAGGCGGGGACUGUGAAGGUCAUUGAUGAUAUUGCCUUGAAGAAUGCCAAGCAAGAGGAGCAGGAUGAGGAUGAUGACGAGGACGAAGAUGAGGAGAUGUCCGAUGACGAGGCUAAUGCGGACACUAUGUUCGCGGAUGAAAAAAAACUUAUGCUCCACAAGCAGCAUAAAAUCAAGGGCAAGCAGGAGAAGAAAAGGAAAUUUGACGACGAGGCCGAGGUCCCCGAGACCCGCAUCAGGUUCUUGAGCUCGGUUACUGUGGCUAUCAGCUUGAAGUAACGAGUGGUGUGGUGUUUAAGAGGAGUGCGAUUCUACACUGAGGCAGCGUCCAUCUCAGAAGAGAAGCAGUUGGUCUAACGUUCUUCCCUAACGUCAAUGUUUGAGGAGACAUAUUUUCUUCUGGC